AUGAAGCGAAUAAUGCCGAACGAUACAAUAUUCAUCACGAUUGUCAGGGAGCCUUCCGAGCAAUUUAUCUCCCUAUUCGACUACACAAACAUGGAGGCGUUCCAUAAAAUGAACCUGACAACGUACGUCAAGACCGUCCAUGCCAACGACGCGCGCAUGUCAGGCUACAUCGGCUACAAUCAGAUGACCUGGGACUUGGGCCUUCCUGCUGGCCAGUUCCAGAACAUGACGGCCGUGCAGGAGCUGGUGGACGAGGCAGAUAAACUCUUUGAUUUGGUGAUGGUGACCGAGCGCAUGCCAGAGUCGCUGAUGCUGCUCCGUCGGCUCCUCUGCUGCGAGCUGGACGAUCUCUUCGUGCUUCAGGUCAACGCUCGCAAGCCCAAGACCAACAAAGAAGUCGUCUUAGAUUCGUCCACCGAGAAGCUCUUACGGCAAAGGCUCGCCGCGGACUACAAACUUUAUUCUCACUUCCUCCACAAGUUGGACGACUUGGUCGCCCUGUACGGCGAGGAGCAGAUGGUGCAAGACAUCGCCGAGUACAACUCCAUGUCCCUUAGGAAACAAGAGUUCUGUGACUUUAAGCAGGUUCCCCAUGAAAUUAAUAACAACGCAAUAGGCUACCAGAGUCAGUCAAACGACCAGCUGUGUGAAGACGUCACCAGAGGGGAGAUCUUGUACCUGGACAAGCUCAGGCUGAGCCAGAAGAAGAUGGUCAUCAAGCGCAUGACGGAAGCCAACAAACCCAUCCCCAACCAUCUAUCUCUACAAGGAGGCUUCAAAAUUGAACCAUUAAUCCCUUAAAUUCCAUGACGUAUGUUUCCUUAAUGUUAUAUUGUAGAAUAUUUGAAACGCUUUGCAAAUACCUCGUUGCCUUUGUUGAUUGCUGGACACGAUAGUGAUACAACAAAAAUUUAGUCGAAAAUAUUCAAAGACGUGCAACAAAGAUAAUG